GACUGAAAAAAUGUGCAACAAGCAAUGUCAUGUGACCGGAAGCAUGUGACUUGUAUUAACAAUCUAUUUAGACAUUUUUCACAUUCCAUACAGACCGUGUUCUGACUACUUAUUUAUUUAGUUGAAGAACUCUGCUGCUAACAGAUCAGAAUGUCGAUGGGAUCUGAUGAGAAAAUAUCACUGAAACUAGUCGAGGUCUUGAAAGAGAUUGGCUUAAGUGAACAGACAGUGCUGAAGAUGAGAAAUACUUACAUUUUAUCCGAGACCCUUGAUAAUAUUCCUUCCAAAAUACUCAACACUGGUGAAAAGACUUACAUGUUUGGUAGCAACACAGAAGGAACAACCACAUGUGGCUUAGAAUCGGAUGUAGACACGCUCCUUUGCAUUAAAUUUUACAAUGUUAUGCAGCACACAAGUGAAUUCAAACUGAACAUGCUUCAGAAUUUGAUGAUGAUAAAUUCAGAAGCAUCACCUGGGUACUGCUUUCUACAAAUAGCUGGCUAUGAUGAUUCCGUAAUAUUAAGUAAUCCAAUUAACACUUACAAAGACAAAGCUGGAAGAACACUACUUAAGAAUACAAUGAACAAUUACGCUGCUGGGAUGGUAGGGCUGAAAGGAAUGGAUGUUCAUGGUCCCUCUUUAGCUAGUAAUGCAUAUCUAGGAUAUAGGGCAGAAGACACAGUAACAGCAUUUCCGUGCACCUCUUGGCCAAAGGUAGCCCAAAGCUGGUUGAGCGCUCCAAGUAAGGGACAAUGGCCAUCAGGGGAGUUGAAGAAAGUUUGUGCGAAUAAAAAAUGUUUUGUAGUUCCAGUCGCAAGCAGAGGUAGUAAAUACCGCGAUCUGGAAUGGAGAAUAUCAUUUUCUCUGGCAGAGCGUUAUUUGAUGUUCAGUUUGAACAUAACACAGAUAAGAUGCUACGUCCUGAUGAAAAUGAUUCUAAAAUCAUACCUUAACCUAGAAGGAGAUUUCCUGUCCAGCUAUAUGUGUAAAACGGUCUUAUUUCACUGUGUUGAAAAUGAAGAUCCAAAUAUCUGGCAGGAGCAGAAUCAAAUUAAGUGUUUAAAUUACUGCUGUAAGAAGUUAAAAGAAUUUGUAAGGGAUAGAAACUGUCCUCAUUUCAUCUUGCGGGAAAACAAUUUGAUGUUGCAUCGCUUUUCAACAAACGAUGGCACUAAGAUACUGUCAAAAUUAGAAAAUAUUUUAAGCAAUACAUGUGAAAUACUCCUCAGUAUCAAGAUUGAUGACCUUGGCAACAGACUUAAGCAGAAAUUAAACAAGGUUUAUAGACCUAUCAAUGGACAAUAUCCUAGUGCAGCCAUGGAAAGCGAAUGCCGUCUUCUGAUUGAAAUUGCGUCAACAGUCAGUGAUGCUCAUAAAAUGCUAUUAUCACAUGCAACGCCAAACACCAUGUUUAAAACUCUUUUUGCGCUACUAGGAUAUUGUAAACACAGCAAUUGUUUUAAGAAGACAGCUGGAUAUUAUCUUGCUAGUCUCUUCUGCACUUCAACUGCAAUGACAAUUGCAUCGUCUCAUAUUUGCCUGGAAAAACAGGUUUCAAGGGAAGCACUAUUCUGGAUUAAAGCAGGACUGAACUCUGAUGUAGCAUCUAGCAGACUCAAACUUGCCUCUGCUUUGUACUCUUCUGGACAUGCACAGGAAGUCAAUAAAGUACUUGAUGAUACAGCAAACCUAUAUGCUAAAGGUUUCUUCAAGGUUCAACCCAUGUGCAACUGUGACAGCUAUCCGUAUCUAUGUAGAUCCAUCGAGUUUGAUGUAUGUGAAAUACAGAUACAAAACGUUAUAGCAUUUUGUGUGCGAUUUUUGCCAUAUGAAAUAAACUGUAUUCCAAAAGAAUUGCGCUAUGAAAUGUUCCGAACCACGAAAGGAGAUCAGCCUUAUAGAAGAGUUGAUGGCUACUGGAUGGACUGGGCUGCUGUAGAUUCAUAUCCAUUUCUGUACUUUCUAUAUUAUAAGACAUUUGGAUGCCUCCAACUAAGGGAGUAUCAAUUACAGACUUUAAAUUAUCUUCAUUUGCAAGCCACAGAAAUGUACACACUUAACUUAGCACACAGGGAAACUGCCUUAAAUCUAGUUGGUCAAUUAAUGGAACAGGAAAACAGAGUAACUACAGCUUUUCAAUGUUAUUUACAGUCACUCAAAAUACGCGACAGAAACAAUGCCGCCAAGUGGCAUAUAUGUAGACUACUUGCGGAGCUGAUAGCAGGCUACUGAAAUUCUGCUAUAUACGAGAACAAAGGAAAAUGGUAACAAUAUAAAAUUCAACAUACGUAAAUGAAGAAUGCCUUUCUUGAAUAAAGAAAAAGCAAUAUCCAACUUGUGCAUACAACAAUUGCUAAUUUAUAACUUGUUCAAAGGAAGAAUCAAUCAUGUCCAGCAUGAUAAGGGUUAAGGAGGACCUGAAAGUGUCCCUAUGGGCAUGACUUCAGAUGAUUAAUUAAACCAAUCAACCUUCUGAAUCCAGCUACAUGGCUUCCUCACAUGACUGUUGAUAGCUUGCAAGGCUUGUACCGAAAGUGACCAUUUUUUUGGGCCAUCCAAAUAAACCAUCUGACAUUAAUCAUAGCUUUACGGCUGAGAAAAGUAUUGGAAUACCUAAAAUGUUAUUUGAACAGAACAAUAUGUAGAAAGUGGUUUAACUGAAACAAUUCAAUGCUAAAGGUCCAGAAAAAUUUAAUAUCAAACUUAAUACCUAGUAUGUAAACUUCUGAAUUUAUGUACAUUUGAAAUACAUUUUCUUGCAAUUUUAUUAUUAGGUAUGUGUGGUAGAAAUGUUCACUUUAUAUUCCCAUAUAGAUACAUGCUUUUCUGUAUUCAUAAAAUCUUUAUUAUUAGCACAGUAUGUCAAUAUGAAUUGUGUUUUCUCUAUUCCGGAAAUAAAACCUUUUCAAACAGUC